UGUUGUACAAAGAAAAAUCGUUGCACUGUCCCUGUCCCUGUGGGCAGGGCUUAAGAAUUUGCCCACAGCAUGUCUGCUUGUCGUAAGAGGCGACUAAAAGACAUUCUUAUGAACAUGAUUCUUAUUGGAAUAUGUCGUCGAUUUUGAUUAUCAAUUAUUGACUAUCGCGUUAGCCGAUUUCACCUGUUAACUCCACAAAUAAAAUAAAAUUGUAAUGUGCUCAAUUACCUGGUGUGAUUUUUUAAAAAGUGUUAAUGAGUUCAUAGAGCUCUCAAAAACAUGUCAAGAUGACAACUGGAGUAUAGUUGAAAAGGACAAUAAUGAAGGGAAUACAUAUUUAGUAUACAAGCAAAAAAUCAAUGUCCAACUUGACGAAAUAGGCGACAAAGUUGAUCUAAUAGAAGAUCUUGAAAUUGAAGAAAUACAUCAAGAUUUAUCGUCAAAAGUAGCCCAGAAGAUAAAAGAAGAAUUAUUUGAAAUGGAAUACCAUGUUGUCUAUAGUAUAAGUUAUCAAGUUCCAGUUUUAUACUUUAAAGGUUAUAGAAAUGAUGGAAAACCAAUAACCCUAGAAGAUGCAUGGAAAAUAUUUCAAAAUCAUUCAGGUGAUAGUAAAUCACGAUCAACUAUGUUAUCAACUCUAACACAAACAGAUCAUCCUGUCCUCUUUACGCCUUUUUUGGAAUUACAUCCAUGCCGGACUGCUGAACUUCUGAAACAAAUGGGAGUUAGUGAAAACUCGAUUUUAACAUUUUUAAGCAUUAUGGGACCGUUUGUAAAGUUGAACUUGAAAAAUGAAUAUGGUUUAGCCUUUAAGAAAUAGACAAUUAGCAACAAAGAAAGGAAGUUACAUCAAAUUUGAACGUAGAACCUAUCAGAAGUAGGUACAAGGUACAUAUGUCGUUAUGAGGCUGUCCUCCAAAUUUGUUGAAUUAUUGAAUUGAAAAAAAUCGAGAGAUAAAACUUCGUGAAGAAC